GAUGAGACUCUUAAAAAUUUGGGAUUUGCAAUAAAUAUUCAGAAGGAAUUUUGUUUCAUUUUAAAAGUGGCUGUUUCUUGGAUUUUUUUUAAUGUGCUUACCUGUCCGGUUGUAACUCUUUACCAUUUCUCAAACCUUGAAAAAAUAACUCAAAUACCCGUUAUAGUUGUUGUAUACCAUGGAUAUCACGUAAAUUUGCUAAUCUUUGUAAAAUUUUUUCUGCUGAUCAACCAUAUGAGAUUGCGGUUUAAAAGUAUAAAUAAAGUACUGACAAAUUUUCUAAGAUCACAUACCAAAAAUAUGACGCAAGAAGGAACAAAUGAUAGAUGGGCAAGUUCUGUUCAAAAAAAUUUGGAGUUAGAUUUUCUUUGUAACGUCGGACGCGUACAUUUAGAAUUGGGAAAACUGUGCCGUAUAACAACAACAGUUUACGGUACUCCACUUGCUUUCACAACGAUUGGAUUCUUUGUUAACAUUAUUGGUUCAUUAUACUGCCAAUAUUUAGGAUUGAUAAAAGAAAAUUCUAAUAUUUAUGAAAUAAUGCUCUCCAUUGUAAUAACUCUGAUUUGGAUAGUACCUUUCUGUUUAAGCUUCCUCAGUGUUAAUUAUAUAUGCAAGGAGACCGUAAAUGAGUGGAAGCAAACUGGAGUAAUACUUGAUAAAUUGGAGCUCGAGUCCAAAAAUACUGAAAUCCAGACAGAAAUAGGCAACUUUUCGGCUCAAGUACAAAGAAACACUUUAAAGUUUUCACCAUGUGGAUUUUUCGAUCUCGACUUUUACUUCGUUAGAGAUUUUACUGCAGCGGUGGCUACGUACUUAGUUAUAAUGCUCCAAACCCUCUCAAGUGAAAACUAA